AUGAAAGGGAAAUCUAAAGUGGAUAUAUGCAAGGGAAUCGUCGAUUUUUUUCAGUCGAACGGAGUAAAUGAUCGCACUUGGCAGGUGGUGAAAGAUAAGAUUACUGCGCUAGAAAAUGGAUGGAGAAAAGCCAAUCUUAUCCUUGAUCAGACGGGUGAAGGCGAUGAUUACGACGAAAAGCUGGAUCGUGACGGCAAGCUGAAGAUCGUUAAAAUCAAAGAACGAGUAUUGCACACGUGCAAAUUCUGGGAUGAACUCGACCCCGUAUUUUCUGAAAGGCCAGGCAAUGUACCGCCGUACGUGGGCAACACCACCGAAACCGUGGAAAAUGCUUUGGAGUUGAUGUUCCCGGCACACUGCGAAACUGUGGAUAAUGAAAGCGAGGAGGGCGAAGAACAGCCGCCGGUAGAUCAAGUCGAACAGCCGCUGCAAGUAAAUGGGUACGGUCUCACGGAAGAUGAAAUACAACUAAUCAACGAUCAACGCGGUGGAGUUUCUCGCACCUGGAAAGACCGCAAGCUAGAUGGGGAAGUACUUUCGGACGACAGUGCUGACGUAACUAGCGUGGGGAAAAGUGCUGUUAAGCGCCAAAAAGUGGAUUUGAAAUUGAGCAAGAAGGCCAGACAAAAGCAGAGAGAUCCGAUUGAAGUCUUAGCUGAACUGGAUGAAAAAAAAACAGCGCGUUUCGAAAAAGCUCAACAGCUCCACGAAGAGAAAAACAAAUUACGAAGCGAGAUUGAAUAUCGUCAGCUCGCACUGCAAGAGGAACAGAUGAACAUGCAAAAGGAGCAGCAACUUCGGCAACUAGAAAUUCAACAAGCCGAACUGCAAAUGCGAAAAGAACAACAGGAAAGGCAAGCUGAAUAUCAAAAAGAAGAGCUGGCCGUACGCAGGUUGGAAGCGGAAAACCGACGUAUGGAACUGGAACUUCAGAUGAUACGUGCGAAAGCGAGCCAGAAUAACUAGUAGAAAAUUUAAGAUACUCUUGAACUGUAGGAGUAGGUUUCAG